UGUGCUGUGCUAUCUCUACGGACACAACAACAUGCACUUACUUCAUAGGCAGAAUGAGCCUGAGCCUGCGGAGUGCUGAUGUCACUAGUUGCCGGGCUUCUUCUCAAUGGAACGAAAUAGAUGAGUCACUGUCCAUCCACCACAGGCUGUCACAACAACUCACAAGCCCCUUCAUUUGACGCAACGAAUUAAAGACGGGAAAUGGUUCAAGCGGGCUACACAUAUUAUUGUGUGGAAUAAACAUUUCAAAACAUUGCAAAGAGCGACACUUUUCCAAUAUAAUCUUUCUCCACCCUUCAGCCACUAACCAUGUCAGGCUCGUCGACUCCAGAGGACGCUUUGUACGGCUCGUGGGUGGAGCUGGAGGAGCUAAUAUCAGCAGUGAGCAGCAGGGAUAGUCUGACAGGACAACAACAGGACACAGCCUCCUGGGCCCUGCAGGGGGAGCUAGAGAGGAUCCUGCUGGAGGCACAGCUUGAGUGUGAGAGGAGUAAAGACAGUCCUCCCCUGGCGGUGACUCCUCCGCAGACCACUGCUUCCCCUCCCCACAGUGAAGGCAGCAGCAGUACAGACUGUGUUACCAUACAGUCCGAAGAAGAAGGGGAGAGGAGGCUCAUUUCCGAGUGGGUAUGGGACUGGUCCAGUCGGCCCGAGAACCUUCCACCAAAGGAGUUUGUGUUCCAACACCCGAAGCAGCAGUCGGGCUCCCUGAGCGUAAGGAAGAGUGAGGUGAUGAAAAGAGGCCUGUUCUCCUCUGACGUCCUCAUGAUCCUCAUCCCCUCACUGCUUGCCUCGCACCUGCUCACACUGGGAAUAGGGAUCUACAUAGGGAAGCGAUUGGCUGCCUCCACAACUAGCACUCUGUGACGUGCUUCCCGGGCAGUGCUCCCAUUCGCUGACGGCAGACCAAUAGGAUCUCAUCCCUCGCCACAGUACACUUGUUGCCCUUUCUCCCUGUCAUGCGGCAACUUUCUUUACCACUGUCUCUCUGUCUGUCUGUCUGUCCACCAUAACUUUGUGUGUCUGUCCGUCAGUCAUCCAGCAUCUCUGAAUCUGUGAUUGUCCCAGGGCCAGAGCGUGUCUGUUUGUGUGUUUGUCUCUCUCUCUCUGUGUGUGUGUGUGUGUGUGUGUGUGUGUGUGUGUGUGUGUGUGUGUGUGUCAGGGCAGGACUGUUGAUACUCUACGUACAUUGUGUCAAUGACUUUUACUCUCCCAGCAGAGUAACCCUGAUCUCAAUUAACUAACAGAGAGAAACGAGUGAUAAGACCGAGAGAGAGAAUGGAGAGAGAAAGAAAGAGAAUAACACCCAGAUAAAUCCCCAUUGAAGGUGUUAGCGGGGUGUUGAAGAAAUAGGGUAUAUAGCCCAAUUAUUGCCCAAAUAAAAAACAGAAUCUAAUCCUGGUGAAAGAAAGAGGUCACCAACAGAGCCAUAUACAGGCAGUAUAUGCCUAUAUGACUCUGGUCACCAAUAUUAUGUGUCAGACAUGCCAGAACUGUGAUGAGCCCAGGUGAUUUGUAUUAGGUUGAGGAAUGGUUUGUUUCAUGUUCUUAGUGGUUUAUGACCACAAAAGUGGCUCUGGUUUUGCACUUUGUCCUAUAUAACCAUCUGACUGUUUGAACUCUCAUUUGAAUGACUAUAACCCCAUUAAACCUCAUUUGUCACACGUG